ACUUCUGCCCUAUCUGCAAAUUCUUAACCCGCGUACAUAUACUGAAAAAUAUCACAUCUUUCCUCUUUAUCUAUAAACAUGUCCAGCUAGUGCAUUGAACUUCAACUAUUUUCAUUUCUCUCCUCCUAUAGCGAAAGAAAGUGUGAAACAUGGCGGCAACAAAUGGGUCAAUCUUCGCAUCUUCCACGCAACCAUUCUUGGCCAAGCGGUCUGUCUCUUGUGGCGUUUCCCGCACGCUCGCCAAGAAUUUUCUCAAUGUGCCAUUGACAAAUUCUUCACCGGUGAACAAGAGAAAUGUUAAAGUCAGCAGAAAAAUCAGUGCCGCUGCUGUUUCUGUGGCAGCCCCAGCUGAGGAAAUUCAGGAGUACAAACUUCCUUCAUGGGCUAUGUUUGAACUUGGGAUAGCUCCUGUCUACUGGAAAACCAUGAAUGGUCUUCCUCCUGCUUCGGGAGAAAAGCUAAAGCUUUUUUAUAAUCCAGCAGCAACUCAACUUGCCCCCAACGAAGAAUUUGGAGUUGGUUUUAACGGAGGUUUUAACCAGCCAAUUAUGUGCGGUGGUGAGCCAAGAGAAAUGCUGAGAAAAGAUAGAGGCAAAGCUGAUGCCCCAAUAUACACCAUCCAGAUAUGCAUUCCUAAGCAUGCUCUGAAUUUGAUCUUCUCCUUUACAAAUGGAGUUGACUGGGAUGGCCCCUACAGGCUUCAGUUUCAAGUUCCUAAGCGGUGGCAAAACAAGCCAAUUGACUUCUUUAAUGAGGGAUUGGCAGAGGAACUGAGUAAAGAAGGAGCAUGUGAGAAAGCAAUAUUCCCAGACACAAAUAUAGUCGUUACUAGAUGUGCAAUGAUUGGUAAUCUUUCUAAAGAAGGGGGUGACAGGUGCAGUUUGGAUUUGGUUCCUGGGUGUACUGAUCCUAGCUCCCAUUUGUACAACCCAUUGGCCAAUGUAGAUGAUGGUACAUGUGCCUUGGACAUGGAUUCUGUGUCUGAGGAAUAGGAUUAUUGUUAUUAUACUUCAUAUACAGAUGUGUCUCUCAGUCAAAGUACGUAUAAUUGCUCCUCAACACUACAGGGGACACUGUAAAUUCCACUCUUAAUCCCACAUAAAAUUGCAGUUACAACCUUAUUACAUGUCUGCUUCGUUAUGUCUCCGUUUUUCUCCUCCUUCAGAGGCAUUGUUGCUGCAUUGGAGCCAAAUAAUGUUUGCACUGUAACUUGUCAGAUUAAUGAAAUGUCAAGCUGGGUCAGAUUAUAUAGAUGUGAAGUUUUAUCAGCAAUAAUUUUCUCCAGAUA